GGCGCGUCUCUCCCGCACCCGGACCCGCGCGCCCUCCUGCGCUCAGCAUCCAGCCCAUCCUGGGGACACCCAGAGCCAAGGGGUCUGCGGGGUAGACCCCGGUGCGACCGGAGACCCUGCCCCGACGCCAGGACCGAGGUGUGAGCGAAGAUUUGUGAGUCAUCACUACUCUCAUUUCUGGCUUUCUCCCGCCUGCGAGAAAGCGUCCCGGGAAGUCUCUACGCGAUGAGGCUUCCAAAGACACCAGGAGCGCUCACCUUACACACUUGCAAUGGAGAAGGCAGACACGGAGGCUCAAGCACCCCGACUUCCCAUCCUGUGAUUAACCACUCUGUAGACAUGUGUCCCCACCACAAGGCCUGAACUGCACCACGGUGGGGGUGGGGGGCAAGUUCUCAGGCCCCCAAGCCACAAGUACCCUUGUCUCCCCUGGAGACCAAAACCAUGGUGGGUUACAGCAGCUGUUUGGUCCUCUUGGCUCUCGCCUGCUUGCACGCCUCCGCCUAUGGGCCUGACCAGCGGGCCCAGAAGAAAGGGGACAUCAUCCUUGGGGGCCUCUUUCCUAUUCAUUUCGGAGUAGCAGCCAAAGAUCAGGAUCUGAAGUCAAGGCCCGAGUCCGUGGAAUGCAUCAGGUAUAAUUUCCGUGGGUUUCGCUGGUUACAAGCAAUGAUCUUCGCCAUAGAGGAAAUCAACAGCAGCCCGGCCCUUCUUCCCAACAUGACUCUGGGAUACAGGAUAUUUGACACCUGUAACACCGUUUCCAAGGCCUUGGAGGCCACCCUGAGCUUCGUGGCCCAGAACAAAAUUGAUUCUUUGAACCUGGACGAGUUCUGCAACUGCUCGGAGCACAUCCCUUCUACAAUCGCAGUGGUCGGGGCAACCGGCUCGGGCAUCUCCACGGCUGUGGCCAACCUGCUGGGUCUCUUCUAUAUUCCCCAGGUGAGCUAUGCCUCCUCCAGCAGGCUGCUCAGCAACAAGAACCAGUUCAAGUCCUUCCUCCGCACCAUCCCCAACGACGAGCACCAGGCCACUGCCAUGGCCGACAUCAUCGAGUACUUUCGCUGGAACUGGGUGGGCACCAUCGCGGCUGAUGAUGACUACGGCCGCCCAGGAAUCGAGAGGUUCCGGGAAGAAGCUGAAGAGAGGGACAUCUGCAUCGACUUCAGCGAGCUCAUCUCCCAGUACUCCGAUGAGGAAGACAUCCGGCAGGUGGUGGAAGUGAUCCAGAACUCCACAGCCAGGGUCAUCGUCGUCUUCUCCAGCGGCCCAGACCUGGAGCCCCUCAUCAAAGAGAUUGUCCGGCGCAACAUCACCGGCAAGAUCUGGCUGGCCAGCGAAGCGUGGGCCAGCUCCUCCCUCAUCGCUAUGCCUGACUACUUCCACGUGGUGGGGGGGACCAUCGGAUUCGGCCUGAAGGCUGGGCAGAUCCCAGGGUUCCGGGAAUUCCUGCAGAAGGUCCAUCCCAGGAAGUCUGUCCACAAUGGCUUUGCCAAGGAGUUUUGGGAAGAAACAUUUAACUGCCACCUCCAAGAAGGCACUAAAGGACCUUCACCCGUGGACGCCUUCCUGAGAGGUCAUGAAAAAGGUGGCAACAGGUUAAGCAACAGCUCCACGACCUUCCGACCCCUGUGUACGGGGGACGAGAACAUCAGCAGCGUAGAGACUCCAUACAUGGAUUACACACACUUACGGAUAUCCUACAACGUGUACCUAGCCGUGUACUCCAUCGCUCACGCCCUGCAAGAUAUUUACACCUGCUUACCUGGGAGAGGGCUCUUCACUAAUGGGUCCUGUGCGGACAUCAAGAAGGUAGAGGCCUGGCAGAUAGAGGAGUUUUGGCUGAGGCUUCGUGGACAUGACGUCAUGAUGGUAAAGUAUGAAGUUUUAAGUCAGAGGAAUAAAGCGACAGUUCUUGGGUAG